GUAGUAAGUACCCCCACAAAUCCACUUGCGUACGUCCACCAAACCCUAAAGCAAUGAUCGAACCCCUCAUUGCCCGAGUGCCGAAUUCUGGCAACAAGAAAACGUUAUUCUUCGCGUUUUUUGCUUUGAUCCUAGUUAUCGCGGCUGUUUUCGGCAUUGUGGUUGGAAUAAACUCCAAAACCACCCAAACCCAAUCCACAACCACCUCCAACAACAUAAGAGCAUUCGCGGCUCACGCCAUUGUGAAAUCUUCGUGUGGUGUCACCCUCCACCCCGACCUAUGCCACUCCACGCUUAUGGGCAUCCCUAAUUUGACCGAAAAAGUCAAAACAUCAAAAGAUGUUAUUGAACUGACUCUCGAUAAAACUAAAGAGAGAGUUCAAAGAAACCACUUCGUCGUAAAGAAGCUUACGACUAUGACCAAUCUCACGAAAAGUGGGAAAAUGGCGCUUCGUGUUUGUCUAGAGAUGGUUGCCAACACAUUGGAAGAACUCGAAGAAGUCGUAGGUUUUCUGAAAACAUAUCCUACGAAAAAAGGAAAUCGCGGACAUGUUGACGACAUGAUUACUUAUAUGAGCACCACUAUAACAAACCAGGAAACAUGCAUUGAUGAGUUCGCCGACGGCAAACAUGAUAGACAUUUGCGUGAGUCACUUAUCGACGUUGUGAUCAAUGCCCAGAAGAUGUGUAGCAAUUCGUUGGCCUUGAUCAAGAACAUGACUGACACAGACAUUGCGUCCCAAGUGAAGGCGAAUACAUUGAAGUUGAUGACCAAGGAUGGUGAAAACUGGCCAGAGUGGUUGGCAGCAGAAGAUAGAAGAUUGUUACUGUCAGAAACCGUGACACCUAAUGUGGUUGUGGCGACAGAUGGUAGUGGCGACUAUAAAACAGUUUCUGCAGCCGUUGCAGCCGCUCCAACUAAAAGCUCAACGAGGUACGUGAUUAAAAUAGCGCCAGGGGUGUAUAGAGAAAACGUCGAUAUCCCGAGUAAUAAAUGGAACCUGAUGUUUUUGGGAGGCGGACAAAGUAAGACGAUUAUCACGGCAAACCGUAAUCAUGCUAGUGGCACUGACACCUUUGAUACUGCAACUGUUGCGGCUGUGGGUAGAGGAUUUCUCGCACGUGAUAUAACCUUUGAAAACAAUGCAGGGGUUGAGGGCGACCAAGCAGUGGCACUACGAGUAGGGUCAGAUAAGUCUGCAUUCUACCAAUGUGGAAUGAUAGCACACCAAGACACUCUUUACGUCCACUCCAACCGUCAGUUUUACAUCAACUGUUACAUAGCCGGCACGGUUGACUUCAUCUUUGGCAAUGCUGCAGCCAUUUUGCAAGAUUGUGACAUCCGUCCUCGUGAACCAGGCCCAAAACAAAAGAACAUGGUCACGGCUCAGGGCCGAACCGAUCCUAACCAAAACACAGGGAUUGUGAUUCAGAAAUCUAGAAUUGAAGCCACUGAUGACUUUAAACCGAAACAAGGUAGCUUUGAGUCAUACCUAGGGCGACCAUGGAAGAGCUUCUCUAGAACAGUUGUAAUGCAAUCAAAAAUAAGCGAUGUGAUAAACCCGGCAGGAUGGUUUCCUUGGGAAGGGGCAGAGAAAGAAAGGUAUACUACUUUGUAUUAUGGUGAGUAUAAGAACACAGGGGACAGGGCAGAUACGUCGAAUAGAGUGACGUGGCCUGGGUUCAAGGUGAUUACGGAUGCUACAGAAGCUCAAGGUUUUACCGCUAGAUACUUUAUCGCCGGUGAUGAGUGGUUGGCGAACACAGGCUUUCCAUUCUCUCUUGGGUUGUGAUGUUUCAUAUAUGUGGAAUAAGUUGUUUGAAUUAUGGUGUUAAUAAGUGCCUGACAUUAGUUCAUGGAUUAAUGUCUAGUGUGUUGUAUCUGUCUUGAGAAUUAUAUGUAAUGUUUUGUUUGAGUUUA